AUGUCAACACGCAGGCCCUGUAAACAACAAAGAUAUAUUAAUUAUAUCUCCCAUGCUGACCCCGCCAGGGCGCCGUUCGUAGGAGAAGCCGUAGUGGAUAUUCUAAGCUUAAAGGCACCGCCCGCGUGCUCGACCCUCCUCCUCUCAGAUGGCACCAGCUGGGCGGCUGUUAUUCUCCAGGUGGCACUGUUAAUGUGGUUGAUUCGGAAGCAGUGUGUGAUCUUUCGUUGUGAUGAAAUUUGGGUUGAUGAACUGGCCGGUUUCCUGUCCACUUGGGGCGUGGGAAUCUUCAGGGUGGCAGAUGGGGAGAGGGAUGCCAACGGGACAGAAGACCAGCUGUCACAGAUGGUUCCUUUAGCUCGUCAGAUUCGCCUCAGCUACCGGUGCACCAACGUCGUGGUGAUCAGCCGUGACCUGACCUUCCUGUACGCCUUCGCCAAGAGGUCACUCCAAGGCCGCCUGUUGGUGUGGUCGACGAAGCUCCUCCUGGUCACCCGCCAAGCUCUACAGGAGGUCCAGAAGCUCUUGGAAGCUCACUGGACUUUCGCCAUGAUGAACGCGGCGAUUCUGAAUCUUUGGGAAGACGAGGGCGGGGCCAGAUAUGACGUGUACCUCCACCUGCCUUACGGGGACGGGGAAAAGUCGCGCCGUGUGGCCAGCUGGACGGCCGGGCGGGGCGUCGCUGCCUUCGCCGGCCGCCGACUCUUCCCCGAAAAGUUCUUGGACUUCCACGGCGCCGAGGUCGGAGUGACUGCCUUGCCCUUCCUCCCCUUCUGGGACGUGUCGAAGGAGAAGGGCAAGGGCGGCGCUGAAGAGGAACGCUACACGGGUUCGGACUACAUGCUGCUCGAGACGCUGGCGGGGAAAAUGAACUUCACCAUCCGCGUGCUGCCGUCGUCGUCGUGGGCGGAGGCCACGAGACUCGUCGAGGAGCGGCUGGCCUUUUGCUCAUCCAUCUACCACAUCGUCUUCCCCGACCGCCAGGAACGCUACGAUUUCACCUACACCUACGAGUUGGCGCAGUUGUCCUUCAGUCUGGCCAAGCCCUUCCUCAGGCCCCGCUGGCAGAGUCUCUACUACCCGCUGACCGACGAGGUGUGGGCGGCAAUCCUCGCGGCGGUGGUGGUCGUCCCACUGGCGGCGUUCGUGAUCACCCGCCUCUGGCCCGUGGGAGAAGCGGAGGAGGAGAGCGGGGCAAGGGCGUGGCGAACGAGGCUGGGAAGGGUCGCUCAGGACUUCAUAGGGAUGCUCCUCGGGCAGUGUCCCCCUCAAGGGCUACCCAGGAGAACUUCAACUCGAGUCCUAGUUGGGACUUGGCUGCUCUUCUCCCUAGUGGUGGUCGCCGUCUACCGGGGGAAUCUGACGGCUUCGCUCAUGCUGCCCAAGUACCCGCCGAGGCCUGAGACGCUAGCUGACCUCCUCACCGCCGUGGAUGCAAUCGCCAUGCCGCCCUACGGAGAGGAUCACCGUCGUUUCUUCAAGGCUUCAGAUUCCAUUAUCUUCAAUAGGGCAGCGGAUCUCAUGGUGAUCGGGCCGUCGGUCAUGGAAGGACUGACUGGCGCUACGCAGAGGAAACAAGCCGUGAUGAGUGGGCGGCGCCACGUACAGCACACGAUAGCCGAGAGUUUCACGGACGCCAACGGGGAGACGAGGCUGUACCUGGGGCGAGAUAGCGUGUUCCCGGCGCCCUCUGGCUGGCCCAUACCUCACGACGCCCCUUAUAAACACGUCUUGGAUCGCAAUAUCAUGGCUGUACUUGAGGCCGGUCUUUACGAGAAAUGGGUCGAAAUAAUGAUCGACAGAGCACGCCGAGAGAGCAAGGAAAGACAACAGCGGCAACGGAACCAGCAGGAGAAACAGACGGAAGAAACGGCCGUGGCGGAGACUAACAGGAACAGCGAGAAGCCCCUCACUCUCGUUCACCUUCAGGGCCCUCUCAUACUCCUCCUCCUGGGCCUCAUUUUCAGCACCUUCACUUUCACUCUGGAGGUCAUAGUUGUCCUCUGGCUCUCCUCGAGGCAAGGGUGAAUUUAGUGCAUGGAUGGUUCUGGGGUCAAAUUUGCUACAUGGAUGGUUCUUGGGUCAAAUUUGGUACACAGAUGGUUCAUAGGUUAGAUUUGGCACAUAUAGUGUUCUUGGGUCAGAUUUGGUACAUGGAUAGUUCGUGGUUUAUUUUUUUAAUUUGGUACACAUGUGGCUCCAGGGUCAAAUUUGGUAUAUGGUUGAUGCUCGGGUCAUAU